UGCUACUGUGACAUCACAGAGUGAAGUCAUAGUAACCCACCCCUACCCAAGCUGGUGUCCUGCCUGAGAGGCAUUCAUCCUCUCCCAACGGCCCACACACCACCUUAGUCCCUCUGCUGGCAAGAGGGGACCUGGUGCAUCCUCUCCCUCAACACCUGAGCCACGUAACUAAUUAAGACCUGUCAGAGCAGAAACUGAGAACUACACCAGUGCAUGAGCAACUCCUGUCAGCUGACUCAAAAUGUUUGUCUCACCCAGGAGAUGGAGCUCCAGAAGGGUUCCUCUGACCAGCGGACCUUCAUUUCUGCCAUCCUCAACAUGCUAUCACUCGGCCUCUCCACAGCAUCCCUGCUCAGCAGCGAGUGGUUUGUGGGCACACAGAAGGUGCCCAAGUCCCUGUGCGGGCAAAGUCUGGCAGCCAAGUGCUUUGACAUGCCGAUGUCCUUGGAUGGGGGCAUCACCAACACAUCAGCCACGGAGGUGGUACAAUACACCUGGGAGACUGGGGAUGACCGGUUCUCCUUCCUUACCUUCCGCAGUGGCAUGUGGCUAUCCUGUGAGGAAACCAUGGAAGAGCCAGGGGAGAAGUGCCGACGUUUCAUUGAACUCACACCACCAGCCCAGAGAGGUGAGAAAGGACUACUGGAAUUUGCCACGUUGCAAGGCCCAUGUCACCCCACUCUCCGAUUUGGAGGGGAGUGGUUAAUAGAGAAGGCUUCUCUCCUCCACCUCCCCUGGGUGCCCGUGACAAAGGUCCUCUGGCUGUCACUGGGAGCCCAAACUGCCUAUAUCGGGCUUCAAUUCAUCAGCUUCCUCCUGCUACUGACAGAUCUGCUGCUCACCAGGAACCCUGGCUGUGGGCUCAAGCUAAGCGCCUUUGCAGCCGUCUCCUUGGUCCUGUCAGGCAUUCUGGGGAUGGUGGCUCAUAUGCUAUAUUCACAAGUCUUCCAGGCAACUGCCAACUUAGGUCCGGAGGACUGGAGACCACACUCUUGGAAUUAUGGCUGGGCUUUCUACACGGCCUGGGUUUCCUUCACCUGCUGCAUGGCGUCAGCCGUCACCACCUUCAACACCUACACGAGGAUGGUUCUGGAGUUCAAGUGCAGGCACAGUAAGAGCUUUCACACCAACCCCAGCUGCCUGGUACAACACCACCGCUGUCUCCCUCCUCCGCUGGCGUGUGCAGCCCAUGCCGGGGAACCUUUGGCCAGCUGCCAUCAGUACCCCAGCCACCCCAUCCGCUCCGUCUCUGAAGGUAUAGAUCUCUACUCGGCGCUACAGGACAAGGAAUUUCAACAAGGGAUCAGCCAGGAGCUAAAGGAAGUGUCCGAGUCAUCCAUAGAAGAGCAGCGUUAGGAGUUAAGUGGGUUUGGGACGCAGGCUAAGCCCUACCAUAGGUGUCGCUCACUAUCAACAUCUGCUUAAGCAAACAUGA